AUGAAACUUAAAUUUCCAAACCCAGGACUGGAUGACCGGAUCCCAUCCCAUAAGGACCUGGAGAGGAUGGAGAAUGAGGAGGCAAAGGACAGGCCCAAGUGGGACAACAAGGCCCAGUACCUGCUCACCUGUGUGGGCUUCUGUGUGGGACUCGGCAAUGUCUGGAGAUUCCCUUACCUCUGUCAAAGCCAUGGAGGAGGAGCGUUUAUGAUCCCGUUUCUUAUUCUGCUGGUUCUGGAGGGAAUCCCACUGUUGCACUUAGAGUUCGCCAUCGGUCAGCGGCUCAGGAAGGGCAGCGUGGGGGUCUGGAGGUCCAUUAACCCCUACCUGACUGGUGUUGGUAUCGCUUCCAUGCUGGUGUCAUUCUUGGUGGGCAUGUACUAUAACACAAUUAUGGCCUGGAUCAUGUGGUAUCUCUACAAUUCUUUCCAGGACCCCCUGCCGUGGAGCCAAUGUCCUCUCAAUGCCAACAGGACAGGUCUGGUGACGGAAUGUGCCCGGAGCACCACAGUAGACUAUUUCUGGUACAGAGAGACUCUGAAUACCUCAGCGAACAUUGAGGAGUCUGGAGGUCUGCAGUGGUGGAUGGUACUGACCCUGGUGUCUGCCUGGACUCUGCUCUACGUCUGCUGCAUCCGGGGCAUCGAGACCACUGGCAAGGCUGUGUACAUCACCUCCACCCUUCCAUACUUGGUCCUCACCAUCUUCCUCAUCAGAGGCCUGACUCUCAAAGGCUCUGUGGAGGGAAUCAAGUUCCUCUUCACACCAGAUGUGAAUGAGUUGAUGAACCCGUCAACGUGGCUGGAUGCAGGUACCCAGGUCUUUUAUUCAUUCUCCUUGGCAUUCGGAGGUCUCAUCUCCUUCUCCAGCUACAACUCUAUUCACAACAACUGUGAGCAGGAUGCUGUCAUCAUCUCCAUCAUCAAUGGCUGCACCUCUGUCUACUCUGCAACUGUUAUUUACUCCAUCAUCGGCUUCAGGGCCACAGAGAAAUACGACAACUGCCUGGGAAACAACAUCUUGCAGCUGAUGAAUGCCUUCAACUACCCUGAAGGUACCAUUACAGAAAGCAACUACAAAGAUGUUCUGGCCUCCCUCAACCACACAAAUCCAGCAAUCAUUCAAGGACUGGAUAUCGAGAAUUGCAACAUGCAAGAUUUCCUCAGUCAGGGUGUAGAGGGGACAGGGUUGGCCUUCAUUGUGUUCACAGAGGCCAUCACCAAAAUGCCCGUGUCUCCCAUCUGGGCUGUCCUCUUCUUCAUCAUGCUAUUCUGUUUGGGUCUCUCGACUAUGUUUGGCAACAUCGAGGGAGUAGUGGUUCCCCUACAGGACCUCAACAUUCUGCCCAAAAAAUGGCCCAAAGAAAUUUUCACAGGUCUCACAUGCUUAGUCUCUUUUGCCCUCGGACUCAUAUUUGCCCUGCGCUCCGGAAACUACUGGCUGGCUCUUUUUGAUGGCUUUGCUGGCUCCAUCCCGCUCCUGAUCAUUGCAUUCUUUGAAAUGAUCAGUGUUAUCUACAUCUAUGGUGUAGAUAGGUUCAAUGAAGACAUUGAGUUCAUGAUUGGCCACAAGCCAAACCUUUUCUGGCAGGUGACAUGGAGGGUGGUCAGCCCACUCAUCAUGGCUGUCAUCUUUGUUUUCUACUUUGUAACCCAAAUCUCCAAGAAUCUCACCUACCUUGUCUGGGACCAGGAAGCGCCGGAGUUCCCCACGCUGGCCGAGCGUCCUUAUCCUGCCUGGAUCAAUGUUAUCAUCUUCAUCCUGGCUGGAGUUCCCUGUCUUGCUAUCCCAGGAGCUGCACUCUUCAAACUCAUCCAGAACAAAUGCUGCAAAAAGGACCAGAGGCAGGACACUGUUGAAACAGUUGAUCGCAAAAUACAAAUGAUUGAAAAUGGAAAGGCCUAA